AUGUCGACGCCAGGGGCGCGCGUUUGGGACUACGAGCCCGAGCAGAUCGCUCACCUGCUCUCGCUGCUGAGGUGCGACCGGCUCCGCCUGGUGAUCUCCGGAAAGGCGCACGCGCAGCGUUGCACGAGCGCGGAGCGGUGGUACGGCACCAAGUACUCCGACCAGCCGCUAGAUGCCGACCUGGCCGUACGCUGGGGGGCCGCGCGCGUGGUCCCCGGGCUCGCGCUGCCCAGGGCCAACCCGUUCGUGCCCCAGGACCUGGAGCUGCGCCCGCCCGCAGGCCCGGCGCACACGGAGUUCCCGGAGCGCCUGCGACUCGGCUCGGAGCUCGGUUCCGUGGCGACCGCGUACUUCAGGAAGGACGAGGACUUUGGCCUUCCGAAGGCGGUGUGCGCGUUCAUGAUUCACUGCCCGUUUACUGCGGAAUGCUUGGAGCACAGGGUGAGCGUCGAGCUCUGGUGCGCCGCGGUGAUGGAGGAGCUGAACCAGUUCGCGUACGAAGCGCAGAUGGCCGGGCUCUCUUACAGCAUGGGGGCGACGGCAACCGGCGUCAUGGUGAGGUUCGGCGGUUACAACGACAAGCUCCUGGCGCUCCUCUCCGCUGUGGCUCGAGCCGUCGCCGAGUUCGGCGAGGUGCCCGAGCAGACGUACCGCAUCACGCGAGCCGUCAUGGAGCGUGAUUUCUCGAACGCGGCGACCAGGGCGCCUCCGCACGUGCAGGGCUUCGUGGCGGAGAGCUGCACGCUGAGCCUCACCGGGCGCAGCCACGAGGAGCGGCUGGCGGCGCUGCGGGGCCCCGCGGGUCAGCUCGGGUCGCUGCGCGGCCUGAACAGGAGGCUGCUGGACCGGUGCCACGUGGAGUGCCUGCUCCAGGGGAACCUCACCGCGCCGGAGGCGCAGGAGCUCGUGCACGGCUUCCUGCGCCCCCUCGGCAUCGCCGAGGCUCUCGACGCGGUGCCGCCGGUGGGCAGCGCAGCAUUGCCCCCAGGCUGGACGCUGCUGGAGCGCCGGGGCGCAGACCCGGAGGAGAAGAACGGGGCCCUCGUCCUGCGCCUGCAGGUGGCGGAGCACAGCCUCCAGAGCGCCUGCCUCACCGCGCUCGCCUCGCAGAUCCUCUCCCAGCUCGAAGGGUUUGUCGUCCAGUCGGAGAGGCACCCCUCGUUUGUGCUGCGGCGCGUGCGCGAGUGGGUCGAGGGCGCGUGGGGGUACCUGGAGGCGGAGCUCGCCGACGAGGAGUUCCAGGAGUACCGCGCCGCGCUCGUGGCGCAGGUGCAGGAGCGGCACAAGUCCCUCGGGGAGGAGUUCGGCGCGCACUGGGCCGAGGUCGCCGCGCGCAGCCUGCGCUUCGGCCUCCGGCGGGAGCAGGCCGCCUGCCUGGAGGCGCUCGGCCUGGAGGACUUGCGGCGCUUCGUCGGGUCCCUGCGAGGCGCGCCAGCGCUGUGCGUGCUGGUGGCGAGCCAGCGCGGGGACGCCGAGCCGGGAGCUCCCGGGGCGGCCGCGGAGAGCUGCGACCGCGUGUGGUCUCCCGAGGACGUGGCGGCUUUCAGGGAGCAGGCCCGGUGGCGGCUGCGCGAAUCGCGCAUCGACCGGCACCCCGGCGGCGGCCCUGUCGCGUCACGCCUCUGA